UUCUAAAGGGGUAAUUCCAGGAUAGGUGGUUGAUGUAAUGUGGAUGGUUCCCCAGUGCUGUAUGAUCUAGUAACAUGAUAUGGCUAUGGCUUAUCCCUGUGGGGUAUGGACCCCAAAGUCAAGCAUGAAGGCGUUUCAACCAUAGCUUGCUUUUUAGCUUUUACUGUGUACGUUUUAUCAAUUUGUUGUUCAAAAGGACAUAUAUACCUAAAAAUCCAUUUUAAGUCACAGCCUCGGAAUUGAAUAAUAUAUUUCUUAACAAAACAUAGCUACAACAUAAUAUCUUUCCUUGGAUUUUAACUGGGUGUGUUUCCUGGAGUUGUCAACAGAGGGCGGGCUAACUUUGCAAGUUAGUCUCUUUCAGGCUGCUUGAUUCCUGAAUCACUGUGAGUGCGACACCGACGUUUUCCGUUCCUGUUUGGAGUUAGUGGAGGUCAAAGAAGAAAGUAAUCUACAGUACUGAAUAUGUUUAUAAACGUUGCAUUCAUGUUACAAAGAUACAUAUAAGUAUAUUGCACAUUGUGGUUGUGGAGAGAUUACAAUGACGGCCCCAAAUGCAAACGAGAGGAGGGUGUGCUGGGGAGCGAGGGAUCAGCUCUGGCGCUGCCUGGAUGAAAACAAGGAUGACGUGUCACAAUGCCAGAAGCUGCAAAGGGAGUUUGAGAGCAGCUGUCCUGCGCAGUGGGUGAAAUAUUUUAGUAAACGAAGAGACUACCUGAAAUAUAAAGAAAAGAUUCAAACGGAGGGAUUUGAGCCUUUGGACAGUUCAGCCAAGUCGUAGCCACUGCUACAGGACUAUAACUUCAAAUGAAACCUGCCUGUACAUCAACUGGAGAAGUGAUAGAGGGUAAAAGCUGGUCUCAACCCAAAGGAAUGUGCUUGUAUGCUUUUUGAGAUGCUGUACAGGACGUGGUAGUGGUGAAAUGAUUCAUGUCAAUGGAUUGUGUUCUUUCUUGGUAUUGCGGUAUGAUGAAUGAAGGUGAUUUAUUGUUUAUCAUUAGAUUGCUUUAUCAUUUCUCGUCAUACAAAGUAGCUCAUCGCCAGUCUGUUGUGCUGCAUAUCAUAUAGUGGCCUGCUUGUGGUAAUAGCUAUCAUCGAUAUUGUUGUGUAUAAUUCAUAAUUCUGUAGACCAUGAAAUACGAGGAACUACUGUAGUUGAAUUUGAUUUUUUUUCAAGCAAUUAAAUAAUUAAAUGAUGCUGCUAUCCAUUUUUUAUUUGAAUUAUGGCCAAUUUUAUUACCCCUGUUUGGUCCCCCGUUAUGUUCUCCUCACAACAGCGCAAGAGAAAUGAAGGUUAGAGGGUGUGCUCUGAUUCCACCACCAAGCCAAUCACCUCUUUGUACACAGGCCCUGGAUAGCAAACGGCAAAAAGCUAGCAGCCUAUGCAGGACAAAGGCUAGCAUUGCAGAUGUCCACUUGAGCUUACCUGGCCAGUUGUGGCCACUGUAGGGCUGUGAGGUGACUUGAUCCCUGCUGAUCUGAGCCAAUACAUUGCUCCCUGUGGAUUCCCUGGUGAAGAUCGGCAGAUCGGCAACUUUGAACAGCCAAGGCGCACUCCUCUUGACUGUAUGACUCACCCUGCUCAGCACACUGUUCAGCCUUUAAGGCUAGGACAGAUCUGAAAGUUUGCUUCAGGAAAUACAAUAACCCUGUAACUGUGUAAACACAUUUUAGAAACCAUCUUUAUUACAUAUGUACUGUAUUUGUACAUCAUUUGAUAAUGCUUUAUUAUAUUUCAUAAUUCCAAUGUACAGUAAUUCCCAAGCCCAAGGUACUCAGAGCAAAAUAUUUAAAUAUACUGGAAAAGGUCCUCAAACUUAAUGUUGCCUCAUGCAUUUUAAUAGGCUGAUCCUUGUGCAGCUUGAAAUCUGGUUAACGGAAAUGGCCUAUAGGGCACACACAGAAAACAUUUAAGACAUGUGGUCCUGUAUGGCAUUAACUUUGAUUCCCAUAAAUCAUUACUUUCCAAAGAACAGCAUUUCAAUGUGAAUAAAAGGGAUUACCUGAUCAGACCUGUACUGCUAAAAACAAGUUUAGUAAUUAAUAAUUAGGCCUUUGAACAGGGCCCAAUGUCUAAUUUUUAAAAUGAAGCAUUAACACAUGAACAUUGCAGUUUUUUUUUUUUUUUUAAACAAUGACUUGAUUGGUAUUUGUACUGUGUCAUCAUAGUUUAUUAAGAAGUUUUUCCUGUGAAACUGUUGGUGUUACAUGAUUUUUUUUUUUUUAGACCAAAGACCUCAUUCUAAAUAAAAAGCAAACAAAAAAGUCAAUUCUCUGCAGUAACAAGAAUAUCAAUUACAAAAGUAAUUUACAUAAUACAAGGAUUUAAAGUACAGUAGUGCUUAUGUAGACUUCAUAAAUUGUGGAUAUGCCAAACAUUUGCAAAUUUCAGAACCAUGAAAGAGGAGACUGCUGAGAGCUGUGGUUCUCUAGACUAGGCCGCAGGCUCGUGAAGGGGUUAGAGCUGAGGAACGGGAGAUGGGUUCAUUCAAUCGAAAUACAGGCAGAUCAACAUAACUUUGCCAUAAAAUCUUCUACAGAGGUAGUUCAAUACAUUUGCUUGGAAAGGGGAGGUACACACCAGCAGGAUUAACAGAGCAGAGAUAAAUUAAGAUCUGCCAUGGUUUAGAUCAUUAAAAAAUAGACCCCGGUUUGGCUUACAACAGGUUCAUGAGGCGAGGACGUGGUUGGGCUGCAUGCUGGACACGAAUGUAACCUUAUGGUUUGUGCUGAGUUGAGGAUGAUUAAACGAGAGACAUCUUUAUGAUUCAAGAUAACCUUUCAUACAACUUUUUUUUAUGAUAAGCACUUUAAACAUAACAUGGGAAUGUUCACAGAGCAAAUCUGAGUUUAGCGUGUUUGGUUAAAAGGGUUUACUAAGAGUAUUUAACUAGUUAAAAAAAAUCAUUAGAUGCUGCUAAAUACGACAUAGUACGUUUGUGAUGAAAAAGGGUUGAAGAUCAAAAAUUAAUGGAGGCCUAUCCCAAUUUUUUUAAUUCUGUUAAAUUUUGUUUUGCUACACCUGCAAUUGUGCAGAAUCUGAAGAAAUAAACAUAGUUAACAAGCUUAAAACGAUAAGAAUGUUGGGAACAGAUUAUCCAAUAUACUGCAUAUGCUCAGGGACAGCCUUAGGGGGCGCCGCGCCAUGAGUUAAAAAAAAAACAAACAAAAGUUUUCAGAGAGUUCAGUGUAACUUACUGAUGCCCGUAUAAUACCAUGUGUGACAACAUCUGAAAUCGUCCUUUAAGUAUUUUUGUUUCCUCUACGAGGGAGCCACACAGUUAUUCUCAAUAGAAAAAAAAUAA